AUGGGUUCCGUCGUACUUCCCCACUUGCGCACUGGGUGGCAUGUCGACCAAGCUAUCAUGAACGAGGACGAACGUCUCGUCGUCAUCCGCUUUGGGCGUGACUACUCCGAGGAUUGCAUGCGGCAAGAUGAAGUGCUAUUUAAGAUUGCAGACCGAGUGAAGAACUUUGCUGUCGUCUAUGUUUGCGACUUGGAAGAAGUGCCCGACUUCAAGCAGAUGUAUGAGCUAUACGACCCAAUGACAAUCAUGUUUUUCUUCCGAAACAAACAUAUGAUGUGUGAUUUUGGGACGGGAAACAACAACAAACUCAACUGGGUGCUUGAGGAUAAGCAGGAGCUCAUCGACAUCAUAGAGACCAUCUACCGGGGAGCCAAGAAGGGUCGAGGAUUGGUGGUCAGCCCGAAAGACUACUCCACGCGUUAUAGGUACUAG